GAAAAAAGAGGCAAAGUAAUGAAAGAAUACAAACAAACAUGCCCCUCGUGAAGCAUACAAUAAUGCAAAUUGAUCAGCAGCAGACAUCCCUACUAGUCUACAAAUCUCACUAUCUAUGUGGUCUCUACAAGUUCUAACUUUGUGUUCUUCAUCAGGACUUGGAACUCCUGUACACACACUAUAUUUUUUUCUUUUUAAUUUCAGACAAGUUGCCAUUUUUAUGUUGUUCUUUGCCAUUUAUUCACGGGUACUCGAAACUAUUCAAUUAUUAUCAUGUCACCUCAACAAUCAUGUGUCCACGGGUACACACCAGACAAACCCUGUAUUUAUUUAGUCAGAGUUUGCUGGUGAGCGAGAGAUCAGAAAGAGAUGCACACAAUCAAAAACCUCCCUCUCAUUGCAGUGCUUCUGCGAUUCGUUUUGGUUUUACAAAUAUUUUUCCAGUACCAGAUAUAUUGCGAUGAUCACCUGGCCAGAAAAUCGCUAGAAAUAGGACUGGGGCCAAUUAUAAGUAUUGGUGGCAGUCCUCCAGAGCAAAAUCCUGACCCUCCACCACAGAAAGGCUACUGCCCGACAUCGCCUCCAGAGCCGAUACAUUCUUAUGAGAGCAAGAGGAUCAAGAUUGUGUACCCAGUUAUACAAGAAUUCAAGAAAAAGGUCACUCAUGACCCUUUUGGCAUUACAAACACAUGGGUUGGCCCUGACAUUUGCAACAAAUACAAGGGCUUUUUUUGUGACACUGCCCCUGAUUUAAAUCAAACCGCAAUCGCAGGAAUUGAUUUCAACGGCUACAACUUGGCAGGUCCAGAGCUCACACUCUCCGGUUUUCUUGAUCAAUUACCUGAUAUUGCUAUAUUUCAUGCAAAUUCCAACAAUUUUACUGGGGUAGUUCCUAAAAGUAUAGCCAAUCUCCGGUUCUUAUAUGAGCUGGAUCUUAGUAACAAUGUGUUUACAGGUGAGUUUCCUAUCGAACUUCUUGGUGGAACAAAUUUAAGUUUUUUAGACCUCCGGUUCAACAAAUUCUCCGGGGUGCUUCCGCCUCAAGUCUUCCUGUUAGGGCUCGAAAUACUUUUCAUAAACAACAAUAACUUCAUGCAAAAGCUCCCUGAUACUCUCGGCUCCGGAAAAUUCUAUUACCUUUCCUUGGCCAACAACAAUUUAAGCGGCUCCAUCCCUUCAAGCAUUGGAGAUCUAAAAGACACUCUAGUCGAAAUUCUCUUAUUAAACAACCAGCUCUCUGGCUGCUUGCCCUGUGAAAUCGGCCUUUUACGCCAUCUCACCCUCUUCGACGCGAGCCAGAAUAAUUUGACAGGCCCUAUACCAGCCUCAUUCAGCUGUUUGGGCCAUCUAGAGUUACUCAACUUGGCUCAAAACCAACUUUCUGGGACAAUACCAGAUUCCCUGUGCUUGCUGCCCAAGCUGGCAAAUUUGUCAUUGUCAGAUAAUUAUUUCACCAAAGUAGGGCCAUUAUGCAAGAUUUUGAUAUGGAGAAAGGUGAUUGAUGUGAGAAUGAAUUGCAUACCAGGCCUUCCGGGUCAGAGAUCAGCAGCUGAUUGUCAUGCAUUCUUCUCUAAACAUAAAUGUUGUUCAGAUGCUGAGAAAUGCAAGAUUUGGAUUCCUUGUGGUGCUCAGCCACACCAGAAGCUAUCAGCUGCGGCAGUUCCUAGAUCGUACCGUGCUCUAGCACCCCAGGUAAGACUUUAAAACAAUUUAGAGCAAAAGAAAUAUUUUGAUUGAUUGGUGAAAUAAUAGUCUUGUUUGAGUAUAUGUUAUACGAUAUAGUGUAAAAAAUAAUCUUGUUUCCUUUA